GCUGGGUCCCGAGUACUGUUAACUUUUUGGACCUUGAGUAGUGUUGAAUGUUGAAGCUUUUUCAGAUCAACUACACUUUCGGGAACAGCAAAAGCCAGUCUACGUGAAGUAAUUACAAAAGCACAGGUUGAGGAAACAGAGACGCUCUGUAUUUCGUCGUGUCUCCAAUGACGAAGGAUGAAGGAGCCCACUCAGGAACAGCCAGUAGUAGUAGUAGAAGUAAUUGCCCAAAAGGCUUCUACUACGACGUGUUCUUGAGUUUUUGAGGUCCCGACACUCGGGAUGAAUUUGCAGAUCGCCUCCACGAGUCCCUGACCAAUUCAGGGUUCCGGGUUUUUAUGGACGACGAAGAAAUCCGACAGGGCGAGGAGAUUGGGUGGAAGAUUCUGCGAGCAAUAGAGGACUCCAAGAUCUACAUACCCAUCUUCUCCACCGGAUAUGCUUCGAGUAGAUGGUGCCUCCACGAGCUCGCACACAUGAUGGAGUGUGCAUAUCCAGAUUCUUCGGGAGGACCAACAGGGCAUGAGAUACUUCCGAUAUUCUACGACGUGGAACCCUCGGAUUUUAAGCUCGAAAGGAAACUGUACGGAGACGCUUUAAGGAAGCAUGAGAAGGAGCAAGGCUGUCACGUAGUGAAGCCUUGGGAGGAGGAUUUAAGAAAGGUCGCUAAAAUCAAGGGACGGAAGGUUAAAGGCCAACGCCACAGCAAAGUCAUUAGAGAUAUCAAGCAAGAGGUUUCUCAUCGGAUGACAACAAGAGAGAGAGAUGUUCCUGAUGAUUUGGUUGGAAUAAUGGACAGAGUACAAGACAUUAAGAAGUUGUUAGAUCCCACUUGUGCUGAUAUCCGAGUCGUCCUAAUUUACGGCAUAGGUGGCAUCGGAAAGACAACUCUCGCCAGCGUAGUCUAUAAUGAACUCUCUCCUCUAUUUCAAGGUUGGAGCUUUCUUCAUGAUGUUCGAGAAUCAUCAUCCCGAUUCGAUGGCAUUGUAAAAUUGCAAAAGAAACUACUGUGGGACCUUUUCAACCUCGCACGUCCAGAGACCUUUGACAUAGACGAAGGAGUAAAUAUGAUAAAACAUAUACUGCCUAACAAAAGAGUCUUGAUCGUUCUCGAUGAUGUGGAUGAUAACGAUCAAAUCAUGCAAUUGGCAGCAAAAGCCAAUUGGUUUUGUCAAGGAAGUAGGAUCAUUAUCACAACUAGAAACACUGGUACCGAGGUGGAAGGGUUAGAAGAAAGAUUCUUCAUGCAGCCCAUUAAGAUUCACUAUUAUGAAAUGAAGGAGUUACAUUCUAAUCAUGCUCUACAACUUUUUAGCAAGCAUGCCUUUAGCACAGAUUCACCUCUGCAUGAUUUUGACGAUCUUUCAAGAAAAGUUGUAGCUACAAUCGGAGGACUCCCUUUGGCUCUGGAGGUGAUAGGCUCUUCUCUCCGUACCAAAAGAAAAGCAGCAUGGGAUGGUGCAUUGAAGAAGUUGAAGGAAGCGGCCCACAAGAAAGUUCAAGAGAAGUUAAUAAUAAGUUACAAUGCACUGGAGGAUGACACGAAACAAGUUUUUCUGGAUAUCACGUGCUUCUUUGUGAUGAAGAGAAAAACUAAUCCAUUUUAUAUGUGGGAAUCUUGCAACUUUUUUCCAGAUGCUGAAUUUGAGGCUCUCAUUGAUGAGUCAUUGAUCAAGAUUAUUGAUGGUGAUAGAAUAUGGAUGCAUGGUCAAUUAAGAGAUCUCGGAAGAGAAAUUGUUCAUCGGGAGAAUAUUAUAAAUCCUGAAGGUCGGAGCCGAUUGUAAAUACAUGAGAUGGCCUUAGACAUAGUCCGGGCAA